AUGGCAGAUUUGCUAAAGGCAAGACUCGAUAACGUAACUCCGUUUUAUCACACGGGCGUCGAAUAUUUUGGCCCGAUUCUCGUCAAGGAGAAAAAGCAUCGUAAUCGCAGUAGCAUCAAGGUCUACGGUUGUAUAUUCAUAUGCAUGUCAACCAAGGCUAUUCAUAUCGAAAUCGUAACCGAUUUAUCAACAGAUGCUUUUAUAGCAUCUCUGAAAAGAUUUGUCAGUCGUCGAGGUGUUCCGGCGCAUAUUUACUUAAACAAUGGAACCAAUUUCGUAGGCGCGAAAAAUCAAUUCCGCGAACUUUCCCUAAUAGGAUCCGAGGAAUUUUGUACUCAAUUGCAUGAGUUUACCUUAGAAAACAGGAUCGAAUGGCAUUUUAAUCCACCGAAUUCGCCACAUUUCGGCGGCCUCUGGGAGGCCGCUGUGAAGUCGAGCAAGCUCCAUUUAAAACGAGUAAGGCGCGAUCUCUUGUUUACAUACGUAGAAUUGAACACCCUAGCGGUAGAAAUCGAAGCAAUUUUGAAUUCGAGACCUUUAUGUCCUCUUUCUAUCGAUCCAAACGAUCCAAUCGCAUUAACGCCUGCACAUUUGCUUAUUGGCAGACCUUUCACAAUGCUGCCGAAAACUGAUUUCUCUUGUGUUGCAGAUAAUCGCUUAUCAAUAUGGCAAUUGAUUACAAAGAUUCGACAAGAAUUUUGGCGACAGUGGCAAUUAGAAUAUUUAACGGAAUUACAGAAACGACAAAAAUGGAUUAAAAAAGAUGUUAAUCUGAAACUGAACUCUAUUGUCUUACUAAUUGACAAAAAUCAUCCCUGUAUGCAGUAG